AUGAUCGCCUCGGUCGGCCUAGCUCGCUCCCCGCUCCUGCGCGUCUCUUCGGUCAUCGCAAUCCUCACUUUUGUGGCCUUCGCCGUCUCUCGCGCGCGGCAGCUCGUCGUGCCAAGCGCGGAGGAGCUGCCAGGUGGACUCCCGAGCAUCUUCCGCUUUGGAGGGGGCGGCGCCAGCACCAGCACCGGCGUUGGAGGGGGCAGCGCAAAGGUUCUCGAGAGCAGAGAAGCUCUCAUGGAUGCGAUCGACGAAUGCGUUGGCUUGUCGCCGAGCGGAGCAUGCGACACGCUUUUCGGUCUGCCCAUCGGUCUGUGGGAUGUGUCCUCAGUAACGGACCUGUCAUGGACGUUUGCGCACGCCGAAGCCUUUGACCAGGACCUCAGUGCGUGGAACGUGUCUGCAUGCACCUCGAUGGCCUACAUGUUUUACCGCGCCUCGUCCUUUAACCAGGACAUCGGCGCGUGGGACACGUCUGCUGUCACCAGCAUGGCUUUUAUGUUUUACCGCGCCUCCUCCUUCAACCAGGACGUCUCCGCCUGGGACGACAUUGGUGCGUGGGACGUCUCCUCUUGCACUGACAUGGCAUUUAUGUUCUCCGCCACCGGCUCCUUCAACCAGGACCUAUCCGCGGGCUACAUGUUUGCCUACACCUCGGCCUUCGACCGGGACAUCAGCGCGUGGGAGGGCUGGCGGUGA